AUGGAGGGCUCCAUUGGCCUGGGAAUGCCUACUGCUUCUACCAGACCAAUCGAGGCUUCGAAGAAUAUAGACCUGAAUGCAUGUCGAACCAGUUUCUCCCAUGCUGACUCACGUUCGGCUGAUUCGGUAGCGAUUAUGAGCAAGAACGACGCAAUUCGACAAGAGUAUUUCAAAUUGAAAUCUCAGCUGAAUCCAGGGAAAGUUCCACGGAAGGAGCCCAAUCUCCUAGAAAGGAAAAGUACCGGUCAAUCGAAUUUCUACAUGCUUGGUCGGGCUACUAGAGCGGUGGAGAUGACUAGAGGAGGACGUGAAGGAAACAACGCUUUUCUGAAAUACGAAUCCGCUGCCGGUAGCAGUUUCGGCGGCGUGGAAGCCUUGAUUGAGAGCGGAAUUGGUUAUAAGGAAAUCGUGAAGCUUUCAAAGGAGCCCAAUCUUGAUUCCAGUAUAAAUGUAAACGGAAUGGACGGUAUGGUGGUGGUGGCGGCUCGAAUGGGCUUGAGAGAGUUGGCCAGUGCUCUUGCCGAAGGACCAGCUCGCUGUAACAUGAACGAUCUACACAGGGAAACACUGAAGACCGGUGGCACAUUGCCAGAUCGUAUUCUUGGAGUAUCAGUGCUGAAAAAAGGCUUCAAUAAUGCCAAUAUCACACCGCUUCACACAGCUGCAAUUAAUCCGAAUGUUAAGAUACUGGAACGCCUUCGCACAAUUGAGCCGAAUAUCAAUAUUCCUGACUCAAAUAACUGGUUUACCAUCCACUAUGCGGCCGUUUGUGAAGGACCGGAACCGCUCAAGUUUCUUUUGAAGAACGGUGCAUCACCUUUAGCGCUGAACAAGCAGCAUGAAUCGCCACUUCAUGUGGCUGCACGAGCUGGAAGAAAGGAAACCAUCAAGAUCCUUCUGGAUGCUAUCACCAAUCUGGAAGCACCAGAAAAAGGAGCUCAAGGAAUCAAGCCGGAGAAAUCGAUGAUAAACGCUCGAACGAGGCAGGGCGACACGGCGCUAACUUUGGCGGUCGGAAGCCGUGGCGGCUCUUCUCGCCCACAAGACGGUGCUCGUCGACCAUCCGACGUCAAGCACUCACAACAAACUCACCCCACUGAUGGUCACUACGGUAUCGUCCGAUGGCUGCUUGAGGAGAAGUCCUCAUUGGUUGACAUCAACGGAAAGGACAUGGAUGGAGUCACACUGCUCUCCUCAUUGCUUCGAUAUGCAAACGAGGACAAUCACAGCGAAUUGCCAGAACAAAUACAGUAUCUCCUGUCACGUGGAGCAGACUGCUCACUAGCUGACAGCAUGGGGAACUCAAUAAUGCAUGUGUUUGCUGGCAUAAAAAUUCGACUCCGUGAUCCUAAGGAUGGGAGACAAGACGGCAUGACUGAGAACGAGUACAGGCAGUGCUUCGAAUCGAUCAUGAAGUACGGCGGAAACGUGGAAUCGAAGAACGAGAGCGGAGAAACUCCUCUACAUAUCGCUCUGCGCUCCGCCAAUCUAUUGCUUUUCCAAUGGAUGCUAGAGUACGUGGAAGAUAUCAGAGGUGUACUUGGCGGGUCCGCUGAUUGUACACUGCUACAUAUGCUUCUUGUAUUACCAAUGCACGUCUGGUCGAAUAACAGUCUAUGGCUCGAAGAAUCUCCACCGUCAACGCAUCUCUACGAUGUGAUGCCCGUCAUCAACAAUAUUCUUAUGGCUCAAACAUUGCAAUGGAGAACUUUCUGUAUGGCUUCGGCAGCCGAACUCCAGCGGUCUUCAGCCAAUUCCUUUACGCUGCAGACGCAUACUCCAAGCUCGACAAACCUCUACAUUGUCAACCUGCUGAGGCUCAGGAAUGUGCUGGCAUUGGAGGGUCCUGAUGGUUUCGGUUUUGUAAUAUCAGCGUUGAAACGUGAUCCAAAUGCUGCCCGGCUGAUCCUUCAAACGACAAAGCAACAUGGCUGUAUCGAUGGAGUUCACAAUGCCGUACUCCGCUACGAAACAAAACCGAAGGAAAACGAGGAAGCAAAACCGGUGAAUAAAUCGCUAGCCAUGCUGUUCAUCGAGCAGAAGACGUUCGAUCUGGUACAAGAAUUGCAGCUCACCACGGCCGAAUGGAGGCACAUUGACGCCAGUUCGUGUUCUGUCCGCUUAUCGAUUGAUCGACCUUUGAUCUAUUGA